AUGGUUGCGUCUUUCCUUGUGGGCAUCGCACUAGCUUUUGGCCAGCACCUGCUCUACUCGUCUCUCCAUCACAAAGUCGAAGACGAUGAGGGCAAAAAGGUCAAAUAUGUCUUAUAUGGUCGUGCGCUUGCCUACUUCUCGAAAGUCGCGUUUGGAAUGUGCUGCAUACUGGUCUAUCGCCAACGCAUAUGGACUUCAUUUCGAAACAAAGCACUCACGGUGCUAACAAUCGAUCAACUGUUCCUGGGGACUGAGGAUCCGUCCCUCUUUUUGAACUGGGAAGCAAUAAGCCUGGCUCCCAGGCCAGUUUUGAUCGCUCUAGUCAUCUGGCUGAUACCUGUUGCAACAAUCAUCUUCAGUCCUGGUGCCCUAACUUUUGGCUGGUACUUUGAGGUUGAUAGCACUUCAUUGACGGUACCGACUCUCAAUUUUUCUGCAGAAUCAUCCAGUGACUGGCGCGUGCCCCUUAAAAUGAAAGACGGAACUACGAGAAAAUCACUGAUGUUCUACAACACCACGGAUGCCCUUGGUAAACAACCCGGUUUCUUCGAUUACUUCGACCAGCCGUCCACAGAUAUCACCCGAGUCACCCUUAUGAACGCGUUCAGUUUGACAGACACGUCCCUUAAUCGGGCCGAUGCACGGCAAGAUUCAUGUGGAGGAUCGUUCAAUUGUACUUACACCACAUCCUUCGUGGGACCUGGUUAUAAAUGUGAGCAGGUCGCCACGAGCUCAGCAGACAACGAUAAGCUAAAGGAAUUCGGUGCUCCCUUCAACACCAGCAAACUCAUUCCGGACGGCAAGAACGUGUAUUUCGCGGACGUUGAGGAAGGGGAUUACGCAAAACCACAGGAUCCGAGAAUCACCGCACAGGGAGGUGUUCCACCACUCGAGGUAAACCUCGAUGACAUAGGGAUCUUCAAGUCAGAGCCUGUGAUCUGGAUUGGGUACGCUGUUAACUCCACAGUACCGCUCGAUGGUAACUCUACGUUCAGAAGGAACUGGACGCACAAGUUUGACCAGCAUAUCUUCCGCUGCGUCCAUUACGAGACCAAAUACACCGUGAAAUGGAACUACACCGAACCAUUCUUCAAGACCGAGGUCUCUCAGGAGUUCCUCUCACCGGUUGUCAACACCACGUUCUCGCGGAAUGGGGAUGGUACACCAAAUUGGGAUACCCCUGUACCCGUGCAAAACUACGUUAGCCCUCGGGACACUGAACGCUACAAGAAGGUAGCAGCCUACCAUACGAUGGGCCAGUCUUUGCGUGGGUUCCUCAAAGGAUCGAUUGAGAUGGAUCCGCCAAUCCCAGGGCCCUCGUAUCCUCGGGUGUCCAGUGCUAUCGCACAAACGAGGCUGGUUAGCAACAGCACAAGCCUGCCAAUGAAGGACUUACCCGAACAACUGCAGGAUUUCUACACUAAGAUGGUGCUUUCGCUCUUCUCCGCGCCACAAAUGCUCGUCGUCGACCAUGAACGCGUCCUCGUCAACCGGACUCGAUUUCAGUCAACCUUCAUCUACAACCCCGAGAAGCUUUGGGCAUGCUACGCCCCCGUCAUCCUGGUGACCCUCAUCAUCUUGGUCAUAGGCGCUUGGAAUAUCGUCAAGGACGGCACGACGUUCUCCGUGGGCUUCUCACGCAUCAUGGUCACGACGCGCAACACGACUCUCGACGACAUCAGCCGCGGCGCUUGCUUAGGCAACGACCCAUUCCCACUAGAACUCAUGCACACGCGUCUCCAAUUUGGCGUGCUGAAUGACCAUACCGAAGACUACGUCGGUGUAGAAGCCCUACCAGGAAUCGGACACUGCGCUUUCGGGGUUCCCUCGGAGCUAUCGCCCAUCCGAAGGGGUCAGCCGUAUGCCGGGCUGGCCAAACGAGACGGAGCAGAGCUGGUGAAAGAGAAGGUCGAUUGA